AUGGACGAAAAAGGCAGUCGGGAGCUCCAAGCUAAAAAGUAUAUGGAAGAACAUAAUAUCCUGGAGUUGCUGACCUAUCUCACCAGCAUGCUUCUGUUUUUCCAGCCGGAUGAUCCUAGAAGAUACUUGGUAACUAUAUUGGAAAGGCUGAGAAUUGCCAAAAUUACUGGAGUGUCUUUCCCGUUCUUUAUGGAUCACACGAACAUCGUGUCUAUGUUUGAGAUGCUGGACAGGUCCAACAAGGGCUCGAUAACAUUUAAGCAGUACAAAGAAGCUCUAAAUACCCUGGGCCUGUGUGCUGCAGAUGAAGAUUUGAAAGAUAAUGGACGUGGAAUCACUUUGGAAACAUUCAGGACAGAAGUGAACGAUAGGACCAUCAAGAUCUGGAACACAUUUUAAUAACACUGUAAGUCCAAAAUAAUAAAUGAUUUUUAUAAAGUC